UCAAUGUUUCACAAAAAAAAUAAAAUUCAUUUUCUCUUCUAAUUUAGCUUAUCAAUAAAUAUGUAUAGUUUACUAAAUAAACCAAUGUAAUUUUUGUUUUCUUUUAUAUUCAAUAACUAAACACACAAAAAUACCCUUAGAGAUCCCUUGCCCUCAAAAAAAUAAAACAAAAAAGAAAUUACAUUUUUUUUUUCGUCGUCUGUAGUCUCAUCAUCGUCAACCUUCUUCAAAAGAAAUCAUGUUGAAGUGAAAUUUUUCUAUAAGUUAUUUAUUUUUAUUACUAAGCAAAUAAAAAAACAAUUUUGAAUUUGAGAGAAUCUGUAAACAAACACAAAAAACACUUCCAUUACACAAAAUACAAAUUACAAAAAAAAAAAAUGCUGGAACAAAAAAGCGAUCAUAUUUCCCUUACUCUACCGGUGCCAGUUGGUUCCUCCAGCCAAGAAGUCCCUAAGAAUUUACAACAAAGGAAAAGUCUUCGUCGAACAUGGAAUCAAUUGCCUCGUUGUCAAAGGAAUCUCAUCAUUCUUAGCAUUUCUGCGUUUUGUACAUUUGUCGUGCUCUUCCUGCCAGGUGAUCAAAUUGUCUCACAGACAACUGCAAAGGAUGCGUUAUCCGCAGAUUCCGCUGGAGAAUCAAUCGGCUUGAAUGCGGCUGUUGGCAUCGGUCAUAUCAAUGUGGCGCCAUUUAAAGAUCACAAAGUUCAUCCAAAGGAUCACCAUCAUUCAGAAAUGGCAGCAGAUACAUCGAAACGAAAACCGGAUCUUCCAGAAACUCCUGAAAACGCCAAUUUACUUAUUGCACCCGUUAAAUCUCUAGACAAUGAUCCAGAUCCACCAAAUGUUGUGGAUGAACCUGGAGUAGGACUCAUGCAAAACGAUGCAAAAGUAGCUGCCGAAAGUGGAAUCGAUGAUUUUAUAAAUCAUCUAGAAGAAACCACUGAUCUCACUCCUUCAGAUUUCAAAGGACCUUCGAAUAGUCGGCAAAAAGCUAUUGUAGAUGCUUUCAAGCAUUCAUGGAAGGGCUACAAAGAAUAUGCAUGGGGUCACGAUAACUUGAAGCCUGUAUCGAUGAGUUCUCACGAUUGGUUCGGUCUGGGACUGACAAUUGUCGAUUCAUUAGACACAAUGUACAUAAUGGAUUUACAAGAAGAAUUCGAAGAAGCUCGAAACUGGGUCGAUCAAUUCCUAAAUUUCGAUAUCAAUCGUGAUGUAAACUUAUUUGAAGUUACCAUUCGUGUAUUGGGUGGUCUCUUGACCUCUUACCAUUUGAGCGGUGAUAAGAUGUUCCUAAAAAAAUCUGUUGAAUUAGGUAAUCGUUUACUUCCAUGCUUCCUCUCGCCAUCUGGUAUUCCAUAUUCAGAUGUUAAUCUUGCAUCUAUGUCGGCGCAUUCACCCAAAUGGUCGCCAGAUAGUUCAACAAGUGAAGUCACAACAUUGCAAUUGGAAUUUAGAGAUUUAAGCAGAAGCACCGGCAACAAGAUAUAUGAAGAGGCUGUUCAUCGUGUGAAUGAAAAAAUACACUCGCUUGAAAAAAAUAACGGACUGGUUCCGAUUUUUAUAAAUGCCAAUACCGGAACCUUUAGAAAUUUCGCAACAAUCUCAUUGGGUGCAAGGGGAGAUUCAUACUAUGAAUACCUUCUUAAACAAUGGAUUCAAACUGGACGAAAAGCUGAUGACUUUUUAAUUGAAGACUACAAAACUGCCAUUGAUGGAGUUAUUAAUCAUCUUGUACGUAAAACCCCCAAAGAACAACAUGUCUAUAUUGGCGAGUUAAUUAAUGGCAAAGAUUUCAAAGCAAAAAUGGAUCAUCUAACGUGUUACCUCCCUGGAACACUCUUACUUGGACAUAAAUUCGGAAUGCCAGAAUCUCAUUUAACACUGGCAAGAGAUCUUCUCGAGACAUGUUAUCAAACCUAUAUGAAACAACCAACUGGACUUGCUCCAGAAAUCACUUACUUCUCAACAGUCGAAGAUGAUGAACCUGAAAUUCAGGUUCGGUCUAACGAUGCGCACAAUUUGCUGCGACCAGAAUUCAUCGAAAGUUUGUAUUAUUUCUAUGCAAUCACAGGCAAUCGUACAUAUCAAGAUAUGGGCUGGAAUAUAUUCCAGUCAUUUGAAAAAUAUACCAAAGUCGCUAAUGGCUAUUCGUCUAUUGGCAAUGUUAAGAGUGUUUUCAAUCCACGGCUACGCGAUCUCAUGGAGAGCUUUUGGCUAGGUGAAACAUUGAAAUAUUUUUAUCUUCUCUUUAGCGAUGAUCGCAAAGAAAUUGAUUUAGAUAAAUUUAUAUUCAAUACCGAAGCUCAUCCUCUUCCAAUAAGAAACAAUUAAAAAAAUAACAAAAAGGGUAAACUAAUGAAGGCAAAAAUGAAACAAAAAAACUGAUUGAAACUAUUUUUGUGUAAAUAGAACUAAACAAAGAAAACAAAAAAAAAAAAAAGUAAAAAACAAACGAUAAACUGCGAUUUUGUAUGAAUGUUAAUUUAUUUAUAAACUUAAAAAAAUUACCAGAAAAGUCGGAUGGAUAACCUGUGUCCUUUUGUAGAACAAACAAAAAAAAAAUACAUAAAA